ACAUCGUAGGUUGACCCAGCCCGGCACGUGCAUCAUGGAACAAUCCCAGUACAUUGUACGGAGUACAACCAUUCAAUUAGUUUACUGGUGAGUGGACCUUGAGAGAAAAGCAAGAGAAGCGGUCAAUUGCCUGACGAGGAUAAGCAAAAAGCCUCCGUGAUCCAAAAACUGAUACGGUCAAGCCCAUCGACGGCCACGAUUAACCCAUCGGUUGCGAUGCGUCAGAUCUAAGCCCGCCACGCCACGCGAAGUUCUAUAGCUUCCUUGCUGUUUCCAACCUCUUCGCAAGUUCGCGAUUCCACCUCGCGUCGCCUUGCACCGCCACGCCAUGGGCCUCAAGCUCCGGCGGCUCGCGGCCACCCUCCUCUCCUCCCCGGGGGCCAAUUCCUCGCCGGCGUCCGCCGCGGACGCGCACCAGGCGGUGGCGCGCGCCACGGCGCACCACCCGCCGGCGGCGCCGCCGGCCGCGCACCACCUGGACGCGCUCCUCGCCUUCGGCCGCGGCUCGCGCCUCUCCGCGUCGGCGCUCGCCACCGCGCUCACCGACCGCCUCCGCGCGGCGGCUUCCGGCAACGGGGACGCCGCCGUGGCCCUCAAGUGCCUCGUCCUCCUCCGGAUCCUGCUCGCCCGCGGCGCCUUCAUCCUCCGCGAUCAGCUCGUCGCCGCCCUCGUCCGGCACCCCGCCUCCGGCCGCAACCCCCUCGCGCUCGCCGCCUUCCCGCUCGGCCGAUCCUUCGCCGCGGCCACGUGGGUCAGGUUCUCCGCGCGCCUCCUCGAGCUUCUCCUCCUCCUCCCCGACUCCUCCCACGACGCCGCCGACGCCGACUACCUCAUCGCCCUUCCCAACCCGCACGUCAUCGCCGAGCUAUCCGCCUACGCGUCCGUCGCCGACGCCGUCCGCCAGGCCCCGCCACCUUCCUCCGCCCCGCAGCACAACGGCCUCAUCUGGGAGCUCAUCCGGCUCGCCGAAGAAGACCGCGUCGCGGCGGAGCGCAACAUAGCCGCGAGGGUCCACGAAAUGGGGGAGCGCCUCGCCACCCUCACCCUGGCCGACGCGGUGGAGCUGGUCUGCGUGCUGAGGCAGGUGGAGGAGAGCACGUCGUCGCCGGCGGACUGGAAGUGGGCGGGGCUGGACGAGGCCGUCGUCGGCGAGGCGCGGCGGCUGCGCGAGCGCGCCGAGGAGGUGGUGCUGCGCAGGACAGAGCAGGAGAGGCGGCUCGUGCGGAGGGGCACCGCCGGGAGCAUGUCUGUCCGCGUCCUCACCGGCGGCGGCGGCUGCGGCGAGGCCGUCCGAUUCGGCUCCACGCGGUGGUCUUCCACACGGCGAUAGUUAUCAUAUUUUCUGCUACGAAUUUUUUCAUCAAAAAAUAUGGUAACUCUCUAUCCUCCUUAAGUUUUGUGCUUCAAAUUUCAAAAAAAAAAAAGGGAGAGAGAACAUUUGUAUGUAAUUAUUGUGCUUUGUUGUACUGGAUGGAUAUUCUGGAGUACAAGAUUUUGGUUGUAUUUUGAAUGCUUGAUCCAACACCGGUUAGAACACUUAGAACUUAGAACUGCUUGUUGAUUUUGAAAGGCCGUUUGAAACAACUUGUAAAUUACUACUCUUUACGAGAUAUUUGUACUUUGGAUGACUAAAUGAAAUCAAACGGCCUUUGAUUGAUGAAGGUGAAAGCUCUA